CACCCCCACCCCCCCCCAUCCUUUCACUGCGGCUCGUCCCCUUUCUUCCCUAAUCCCUACUCCCCGUUCCUCCUCAAAACCCUCGAAAUCCCCAUUCUCUCCGUUCUCCGCCAUCGCCGUCGACGAGAGAUCUCCUCCGAAGACCCCCAGUGCCCGAGAUCAUGGAUGCACCUGAGGAAAAUUUUACUGAAAAUGAAGUGAUUGAACCCACCGAGAACUCACACAACCAGAAACAAGGACGGGAUGAAGAUAUCGCUGUUGGCAGUGGUGAGAAAAAAUGGCCUGGUUGGCCUGGAGAAAGUGUUUUCCGAAUACUGAUUCCAUCUCACAAGGUUGGUGGUAUCAUUGGUCGUAAAGGAGAAUCUAUCAAGAAAAUGUGUGAGGAAUCAAGAGCUCGUAUUAAGAUUCUAGAUGCUCCAUCAGGCAUACCAGAAAGAGCUGUAAUGAUUUCAGCAAAGGAAGAGCCAGAUGCACCAAUUUCUCCUGCAAUGGAUGGCCUACUCAGGGUUCAUAAACGCACAAUAGAUGGUUUAGAUGGGGAAUCUACUCAUGCUUCCCAAAACACUGGCAACAUGGUGUCAACACGACUACUUGUUGCAGCCACACAAGCAGGUAGCUUGAUUGGAAAACAAGGAGCAACCAUAAAAUCAAUUCAAGAGGCUUCCAGCACUACUGUUCGUGUUCUCGAUGACCUGCCACCUUUUGCAUUACAUGAAGACAGAGUUGUGGAGAUACAAGGACCACCCGCUGGAGUGCAUAAAGCUGUAGAACUAAUUGCUUCUCAUUUACGGAAGUUUCUAGUUGAUCGUAGUGUACUUCCUCUAUUUGAGAUGCAUAUGUCCAGGCCUAAUUCACAUAUGGAACAGAACAUGCCUCCAGCUCAACCUUGGGGUCAUCCUCAAGGCCUUCCUCCAAAUGCUGGUGUUUCAGCUUAUGGUGGCAAUCCUCAAUUCAUGCCCCCACGGCCACAGGAUAAUUAUUAUCUGCCACCUGACCUCCCUCCUAUGGAAAAACAACCUCACCAUGGUAUAUCAACAUUUGGACGAGAGGCACCACCACCCAUGUCGAUGCAUCCAUCAGCUAAUCAACACUCCCAGCCCCUUGUCUCUCAGGUCACACGUCGCAUGCAAAUUCCACUUUCUUAUGCUGAUGCUGUAAUUGGGACAGCUGGUGCAAGUAUCAGCUACAUCCGUCGUGCGAGCGGGGCAACCAUUACAAUACAAGAAACUCGAGGUGUUCCUGGAGAAAUGACUGUUGAGAUCAAUGGAAGUGCUGCACAAGUUCAAACUGCUGAGCAGUUGAUAAAGAAUUUCAUGGCUGAAGCUGCUGCUCCAGCACAGAACACCGUGGCGCCUGUUGAUCAGGGUUAUAAUUCUUACUCAGCACAUGGGUCCAUGUAUACUUCUCCUCCAGUCAAUGCAGGACCGGCUACGCAUGCUGGUGGAGGAUAUGGAUCUACUUAUGGAGCAAACUAUGGAUAUUAGGAAAACGAGAGGCUGGCCAAAUUAACAGUAAGUUUAGUGCGAACUUACCCCAAAAAGGGAUAGGAUGAUUAUGGCAGAGAAACUUGUGAUGCAGGUCAUGAGAUGCUUGCUACUGCACCUGCCUGUGACCAAAGAUAUGCUCUCUGUACAUUUAGCGAGUCUUUAAGAUUUAGCUUGAGAUGCUUCCGUUUUGUUUCAUUUAUUACUUAAAGGGAAUGCUCUUGCAAUUAGUGUGAUGCCCAUUCUGCUGUAGUUCCCUUGUUUAACUAGUGUUUGGUGAUUGAAUAGCUGGGCCAGGUUUCAGUUCAGUGAUAUUGAGAGUUUGAGUACUCUGAAUCAAUAAUAUUAUUUGGCAUGUGAUGUUAGGUACAACUGAUAUCAGAGACGGUCUGUGCUGGCUACAAGGUGAACGUAUAUUUGAAGUUUUU